UACCGGUCGUAAUCGUGCGACCUUCAUGCGUCACCGCUGCAUCGAACGAGCCGCUUCCGCUGGGUUCGGGCGAGCUAUCGUCGAUGGUUAUGGACAUGGAGUGCCUAAUCGACGUCGUUCCAGUCGACAUUGUGGCAAAUACACUCAUAUGCAUCGCCUGGCGCACUUCUACAACGAGGUUCGUGCAACGUUACAAGAAUACUCGCAAGAUCAUAGAUGUUGGACAGUACUUUCUGACCCAUGGCUGGCUUUUCAGAACAAGCAAUGUCGAGCGGCUUGCAUGUGACCUUUCUCCCAAGGAUAAGCAGUCAUUCAAUAUUGACGUGCGAAGGAUGGAUUGGUAUCCGUAUUGGGAUAACUACUUGCUCGGAAUUCGUAAGUAUCUUUUUAAGGCCCAAGAUUCGGAUCUCCCCAAGGACCGGAGACAGGUGAAAAGACUCUACGUUGUACGAUUGUCCUCAAGAGCACUUCUGCUGGUUUUAGUGUGUCAAUUAAUGAUGACGACGACAGUAUGAGUCCUCAGAAUCAUUGUGGUGAAGCAUUCUCCAACGAAACAUGAAACGCUGCUUGUCCUGUUGAUUCUAUGACCAAAACUGCAGCAAACAAGAGUACUUCAAUGCCUUAAGAAAAGGUGUUGUAAAAAUGUUUCGGUAGUGUUUUCAGAAGUCUGGAAUGUCCAUGUAAAUAAACAGUCGUCUUAGGAUUUACUAA